AUGGCUAUGCUGUUGCCAGGAUACGGCUCUCGGGGGUUGGGAUAUGUUGAUGUGACAGGCGAGGUGAGGUGAUAGGGAGAGAGAGGUGACAGAAGAGUGUCAGUGUUACAUAUCAGGGUGGGGUGGGCUCCAAUUUAGACUAUAAGAGAAGAAUGUAGCCACCAGGGUUGGGGAUCAAGUCCAUUUCAAAUGAGUCAGUUCAGGAAGUGAAUCGCCAAAGUUUCUGCAGCAAGAUGCCUUCGUCAGCAAAACGCUGGUGAUCUUUUCAUAAAUUAUUUCCACUGCCUGCCUGUGUGUGUGUGUGUGUGUGUGUGUGUGUGUGUGUUGUGUCAGUGAUUUGCAUUGCUCAUCAUCCCUUACAGUCGGAGAAUUUGCAUGGUGAUACUUCAUCGCCACCUGCAGGCAUAGUUCAGUCGGUGUGUGUGUGUGUGUUUGGGGCGCUGGAAAAACCCUGCAUCAGUCUUGGGGGCGAUGGAAAAACCCUGCAUCAGCCUUGGGGCACUGGAAAAACCCUGCAUCUGACUAUGAUUGGGAACAUAAACACACACACGAGAUUGCACAGGCACACACACACACACAAUAAGAUGUGUAAUGAUCAGAGACACCAUCUCUCCCAUACACACAGAAGCCGAGAGGAGAGUGGUAAGUUAAACUAUCUAAUUACAAUUUCUUAGGUGAGUAGAUGUUUGUGUCUGAAAUGUAACCUUAUUCCCACUGCUUUUCAACACAUGGCACUUUAAUCCUAAUAUAUAGUGCACCACUUUUCAAGAUAGGGCUCUGGUCAAAAGUAAUGUACUAUAUGGGUUGUAUAGGGCCUUGGUCAGUUGUAGUGCACUAUAUAGGGAGUAGGGUGUCAUUUUGGAUUUGUUGUAUUUCUUUACUGGACAUAAUAGUUAGAUUGACAGCUGAGUCACUGUUAGCAUCACAGAGAGAAUACAUUACACUGUGUUGAAUCCUUCAAAGUUACUACCAGAAAGUAAGAAUUGUUUCCACAUAAUUGAUAUACAGUGGCUUGUAUAUUCACCCCCCUUGGCAUUUUUCCUAUUUUGUUGCCAUUCAACCUGGAAUUAAAAUUGAGAUUUCUGCCCAUUCGUCAAGACAAAACUGCUCCAGCUCCUUCAAGUUGGAUGGGUUCCGCUGGUGUACAGCAAUCUUUAAGUUAUACCACAGAUUCUCAAUUGGAUUGAGGUCUGGGCUUUGACUAGGCCAUUCCAAGACAUUUAAAUGUUUCCCCUUAAACCACUCGAGUGUUGCUUUAGCAGUAUGCUUAGGGUCAUUGUCCUGCUGGAAGGUGAACCUCCGUCCCAGUCUCAAAUCUCUGGAAGACUGAAACAGGUUUCUCUCAAGAAUUUCCCUGUAUUUAGCGCCAUCCAUCAUUCCUUCAAUUCUGACCAGUUUCCCAGUCCCUGCCGAUGAAAAACAUCCCCACAGCAUGAUGCUGCCACCACCAUGCUUCACUGUGGGGAUGGGGUUCUCGGGGUGAUGAGAGGUGUUGGGUUUGCGCCAGACGUAGCGUUUUCCUUGAUGGCCAAAAAGCUCAAUUUUAGUCUCAUCUGACCAGAGUACCUUCUUCCAUAUGUUUGGGGAGUCUCCCACAUGGCUUUUGGCGAACACCAAACAUGUUUGCUUAUUUUUCUCUUUAAGCAAUGGCUUUUUUCUGGCCACUCUUCCGUAAAGCCAAGCUAUGUGGAGUGUACGGCUUAAAGUGGUCCUAUGGACAGAUACUCCAAUCUCCGCUGUGGAGCUUUGCAGCGCCUUCAGGGUUAUCUUUGGUCUCUUUGUUGUCUCUCUGAUUAAUGCCCUCCUUGCUUGGUCUGUGAGUUUUGGUGGGCGACCCUCUCUUGGCAGGUUUGUUGUGGUGCCAUAUUCAUUCUAUUUUUUAAUAAUGGAUUUAAUGGUGCUCCAUGUGAUGUUCAAAGAUUCAGAUAUUUUUUUAUGACCCAACCCUGAUCUGUACUUCUCCACAACUUUGUCCCUGACCUGUUUGGAGAGCUCCUUGGUCUUCAUGGUGCCGCUUGCUUGGUGGUGCCCCUUGCUUAGUGGUGUUGCAGACUCUGGGGCCUUUCAGAACAGGUGUAUAUAUACUGAGAUCAUGUGACAGAUCAUGUGACACUUAGAUUGCACACAGGUGGACUUUAUUUAACUAAUUAUGUGACUUCUGAAGGUAAUUGGUUGCACCAGAUCUUAUUUAGGGGCUUCAUAGCAAAGGCGGUGAAUACAUAUGCACGCACCACUUUUGUUAUUUAUUUUUUUGAAUUUUUUGAAACAAGUUAUUUUUGUGUAUGUCCAUUACAUGAAAACCAAAUAAAAAUCCAUUUAAAUUACAGGUUGUAAUGCAAAUAAAUAGGAAAAAUGCCAAGGGGGAUGAAUACUUUUGCAAGGCACUUUAUAUAUUAUCUAGUAUACUAGCCAGUAACAGCUAAAUUAGACCAGUAAAAUAAAGCAUUAUGGAAGUACUGUCGCAACAACUGUAAAGGUCUGUUGCUAAAGUUUGAUAGUAGCAGAAGGAGUCCGAAAUAGAUGUGUAUUAGCAUGAUGAAAGUGUUUCCAUGAGAUAUAACCACCUAGUUAUGAGAGUAAAAGGAUUUUAGGUGAGUAUUUUUGCACUACACAGAACUAUAGAAUAGAUCGUGUUGAAUUUCCUCAUACAUAAGAUGAUCAUGUGUUCCAUGACUAAGCACAAUGACAUGAAUAAAAUGAUAGAUUCAUACAGUGCUUUUAUUACCCCUACCCUUGUCUGUUGUGGUCUGCAAAUCUACAACCUUCAGGCCACUUUGCCAUGUAAUGCUUACAAAACGAAGAACACUAAAACUGUAUAUACUGUAGGCUCUGGUCUGUCCUACGAGUGAGGGUAGGCAUGUCCUCAAUUAUUAUUUUGGGUAUUGGGGAGUGUAAUUUUUUAUUAUUUUUUUCAAGCGUUCAGGGAGGGUCGUGUAUAAAUAUAUUUUACUGAAGGAAGGGCUAUCCAUUUUCAUUUAAAAAGGUCAAUUUUCUCCAGGUUUCCCUCAUUAUAAAUAACGUACAGUCCCUAAAGAUGAUAAUCUCUUUGCAUCUGCCAAUUUAUUGGCUGUCCAGUAUCCAGACGACCUGCCCCUAGAGCUUCCUAUACAGUUGUUACGAACCCUGUGGCUUUAAAAGUCUAGGGUGGAUGGAAAAGAGGCCCGUAACAUAACUCAUGCAAAUUAGGCUAUUGCCAAGGAACAGUGAGAACAAAAUACGCCAACAACCAAAUGUUACCGUCAAACACAAAAUGUUUAUUAUAAAACACACGGUAAAUGGUUUGGGGAAAAGGGGCUGAGUUGGACCCAAGGAAUGAAACAUUAAAGUCAAAAACCCCUAAACUGAUCUUGCCUGCCUCAAGAACUACUAAGCUUACUGCUAACCAUACAAAAAUACAGUGGGUGGUCCACUCAGGUCUAACUAGUGUGUUUAGACAAGGUUUUCCUACGGGUAGUGUAUGCCCAAGGGCGACUUGCUAAAUCCCCCUUUUCCCAGGAACAAACAAACAAUAUAGGUACCAUACAGACUAAACAGUUAACGAUUGAGUACACAAAAACAAGACACCACCGUAUACAUACUCACAAACAAAAAGAGUCUGUCAGCAAACACAACUGACUAGCUUUUAACACAAGGGGAUGUGUGAUAUGAUUGGGUAAGAAAACAGAAACAGGUGGUGCAAUCAGGAGAAAUGUCCACUGAUUGGUCCACCUCAGCAAUCAGCAGAUUAACUGAUGACUGACAGGUGGGACACACCAACGACCUCCAAUCAGGAACACAAAGGACACCUGUGAAUAGGGCAGGAGGAGAGGAAAAACACAAAAACACAUACAGGAUACCUGUAUCCGUAACAACAGUUAAUCUCAUUCCGUAACAUGUUGAGGCCGGCAAUUAAGGAGAAUAUUUGAAGCACAACUCCCUUCUGCCCAGUUUCCCUGAUGUUGCUAUGGCAAUCAAGCUGGUUUUACCAUCCUGUAACUGUUGCUUCUGCGGAGAGAUCGUUUUCUAAACUAAAACUCAUAAAGAACUACCUAAUAAGCAUUAGGCUCUCGGUCUGACAUGCGCUUUUGAACACCUGAGUAAGCUCCACUCAUUGCACUGGCACCAUCGUAGCCUUGACCGCGGCAUUUGUUCACUGAUAUCCCCUCAUACUUUCAAUCAGUACAUUUUUUCUUUUUCACUUUUACGGUCACAUUCCUGAAGCCACAUACCAGUGCUGUGUUGGAUUUCUGCUACAGUCAUUGAGCACAUGUUCAAUACAGAUAAGAUAGAAAAGAUACCCAAGAAUGUCAGUCCAAAUAGACAAAUGUGAAGUAUCAAAGGGAAGGUGAGACUGAUCUACGCUGGAAUAAAGAGAGCAUUCUGGCACUGGGAAAACUGGCUUUUGAACAGCUUGAAAAAGGCAAUCUGGUUUUCUAUAAGGAAGACCUGACUAAGUGUGAUAUCGACAUCAGUGAAGCAUCACUAUACUCAGGAUUGUGCACUCAGAUCUUCAGAGAUGAGUGUGGGCUGUACUAGGAAAAGGUGUACUGCUUUGUGCAUCUGACCAUUCAGGACUUCCUUGCCGCUCUGUAUGUGUUUCUCUCAUUUAACAACAGCGAUGUUAAUCUGAUGACAAAAAAUAAACCAACCUCACAAAAAAUUCUGAAGAUGUUCAAUGAAAAUCCUACAACCAACCUCCACAAGAGUGCAGUGCACAAGGCCUUACAGAGUGAGAAUGGACACCUGACCCUGUUCCUCCGCUUCCUUCUGGGCCUCUCUCUGGAGUCCAAUAAGACUCUUCUAUGAGGGCUACUGACACAAACAGGAAACAAGUCACAGAGAAAUGAGGUAACAGUCAAGUACAUCAAGAAAAAGAUCAGGGAGAAUCACUAUCCAGAGAGGUGCGUCAAUCUGUUACACUAACUGAAUGAGCUGAAUGACCAUUCUCUAGUGGAGGUCAGGAAGUCUCUCAGAACUCUCCCCUGCACAGUGUUCAGCUCUGGUCUUUGUGUUACUGACUUCAAAGAAGGAGCUGGAUGUGUUCGAUCUGAAGAAAUACUCCAGAUCAGAGGAGAGUCUUCUGAGGCUGCUGCCAGUAGUGAAUGUCUCAAGAACAGCUCUGUAAGUUCAUCGAUACGUAAAAUAGACAUAUGACAAAGAACAGAAGAAACCAUUCAUUUGUAUUACUAAAGGUAUACAAUUACAUGUUGUUAAUAUAAAUGACAUGUUAAUGAUAAGCUUGGCCUAUUUAUAUUUCUUAUAGGUGUAGCCUCACAGAGAUGCUGUGUAGCGCUUGUCUCAGUUCUCAACUCAAACUCCUCACACCUAAGAGAACUGGACCUUGAGUGACAACGACCUGCGGGAUUCAGGAGUGAAGCUGCUCUCUGCUGGACUGGGGAGUCCACACUGUAAACUGAAGACCCUGAGGUUGCUAUUCCACACUGUAAACUGGAGACCCUGAGGUUGCUAUUCCACAUUGUAAACUGAAGACCCUGAGGUUGCUAUUCCACACUGUAAACUGGAGACCCUGAGGUUGCUAUUCCACAUUGUAAACUGGAGACCCUGAGGUUGCUAUUCCACAUUGUAAACUGAAGACCCUGAGGUUGCUAUUCCACACUGUAAACUGGAGACCCUGAGGUUGCUAUUCCACAUUGUAAACUGAAGACCCUGAGGUUGCUAUUCCACACUGUAAACUGGAGACCCUGAGGUUGCUAUUCCACAUUGUAAACUGGAGACCCUGAGGUUGCUAUUCCACAUUGUAAAGUGAAGACCCUGAGGUUGCUAUUCCACACUGUAAACUGAAGACCCUGAGGUUGCUAUUCCACACUGUAAACUGAAGACCCUGAGGUUGCUAUUCCACACUGUAAACUGGAGACCCUGAGGUUGCUAUUCCACACUGUAAACUGGAGACCCUGAGGUUGCUAUUCCACACUGUAAACUGAAGACCCUGAGGUUGCUAUUCCACAUUGUAAACUGGAGACCCUGAGGUUGCUAUUCCACACUGUAAACUGGAGACCCUGAGGUUGCUAUUCCACAUUGUAAACUGAAGACCCUGAGGUUGCUAUUCCACAUUGUAAACUGGAGACCCUGAGGUUGCUAUUCCACACUGUAAACUGGAGACCCUGAGGUUGCUAUUCCACAUUGUAAACUGGAGACCCUGAGGUUGCUAUUCCACAUUGUAAACUGGAGACCCUGAGGUUGCUAUUCCACACUGUAAACUGGAGACCCUGAGGUUGCUAUUCCACACUGUAAACUGGAGACCCUGAGGUUGCUGUUUCUGUACCUUUUCAUCAAGUGAUGAUUGUUGUGAUGUUCACUAAAUCUAGAUAUCAAUAAUAGGCAUAAAGAUGCAUGCAUUCAAAACUUUUCUAAAUGCCUGUGCAGCAGCACAGGUACAUUAAUAAUGUGACAAACUCUCGCAGGAGGACGCCAAGUUAAUCAGUAUUCAUCUAACAAUAACCCAUGUAAUGAAUAUGUGUUCUUAAUAUGCUCCUGACGGACAGUGCAGUUACAUUCACUUUCGAAGCAAAUGUUUUCACCUGUGCUGCAGUAGGCCUUCAGGUUAUUUUUUGAAAGCACCCAAUUGUACAGUUUGUUUUGUUUCAAAGUUUACAAACUGCAGAAUGAGAGAAAAUAUUUUUUAAACAAUGUUUCCCAUCCAGCCAUUUUUAUGUGAGUAAAAUGUCGGAUAAAAACAUGUCGGAUAAAAAAAAACAAUCCUGAUGAAAACAGUUACAUUUUCGGUUAACUUUCCAAAAAUGUAUGUCUGUGAAAUAGAUCAUGCUACAAAUGCAGUGGAAACGCUUUGAUGCACAUUUUUUGGGGAUAGAAUAACCACAAUGUCGCAGUAAACUUGCAGUCAUGCGAUGCUUUGUUGUGUGGUCCUCCAAGUACGACUUGGAAAAGCAUCCACACUGCAUAGUUUAUUCGGCUACAGAUUAAAUAGUGAACUUCAUAGGGUGGUGAAAGUGCACAGUGAUGAUGAGCUUGAUGCUCAUUUCCAAUAAAUAUCGAGGUUCCUCAUUUAUGCUGGUGACAUGAUGAUCAGUGCUUGGCAUUCAAUUGACAAAUGAAAACGCUCUUGCUCUUAUCCAUAUCAUAAAGCUUAGGCCUCUACCCUCUGUGCUAUAUCUGCGAGCUGUUGGCUAGAGUGCACAUGCCAAGACCAGAGUGUGCACAUUUGCUGUUUAUCGCAGACUUUUUGUGCCAAAAUCAUCAAGUAGGGUGUCAAAAAUGGUAUUCAGUAAAUUAAAAGUUAUUAGACAAAGUGCUUUAUAUUUGCAAGAAGCCAGUUUGAUGGAAACAGACCGCUGCUGGUAAAAUCUGCAUAUUUUAUGUGUGAGAAUAUUAGAAUAUUUACUUGAAAAUCUUUCAACAAAAUGAUGGAAACCUAGGUAUCGACAUGAAUUGCCAUUCCUCCUGACAGAGCUGGUGUAACUGAGUCAGGUUUGUAGGCCUCCUUGCUCGCACACGCUUUUUCAGUUCUGCCCACACAUUUUCUAUACUUAAAGCUUGGCCACUCCAAUACCUUGACUUUGUUGUCAUUGUCCAUUUGGAAGACCCAUUUGCGACCAAGCUUUAACUUCCUGACUGAUAUCUUUAGAUGUUGCUUCAAUAUAUCCACAUAGUUUUCCUUCCUCAUGAUGCCAUCUAUUUUGUGAAGUGCACCAGUCCCUCCUGCAGCAAAGCACCCCCACAGCAUGAUGCUGCCACCCCCGUGCGUCACGAUUGGGAUGGUGUUCUUCGGCUUGCAAGCCGACCCCCCUUUUCCUCCAAACAUAACGAUGGUCAUUAUGGCCAAACAGUUCUAUUUUUGUUUCACCAUAGUCUGGCUUUUUUAUGGCGGUUUUGGAGCAGUGGCUUCUUCCUUGCUGAGCGGCCUUUCAGGUUAUGUCGAUAUAGGACUCGUUUUACUGUGGAUAUAGAUACUUUUGUACCUGUUUCCUCCAGCAUCUUCACAAGGUCCUUUGCUGUUGUUCUGGGAUUGAUUUGCACUUUUCGCACCAAAGUACGUUAAUCUCUAGGAGACAGAACUCAUCACCUUCCUGAGCGGUAUGACAGCCACGUGGUCCCAUGGUGUUUAUACUUGCAUACUAUUGUUUGUACAGAUGAACGUGGUACCUUCAGGCGUUUGGCAAUUACUCCCAAGGAUGAACCAGACUUUUUAUUUAUUUAUUUUUUUCGGGGGGAAUGGAUCAGCUUAAUAUUGCAGAUAGAUUGUAUCUUCUAUCAAUGUAAUUGUCUGCAUCACUUCCAAUCCCCCAUGUUUUUUUAAAUUUUUUAUAUAUAUAUUCCCCUUUAUUACUUUUCAACCCCACCAUCCUUUCCCUACUUGGAGUAAAUUAGUGAACAACAACGCCCAGGCCUCUACUUCCGGUCUAUACUUACUAUCUACACCUUAUGGACAGAGUUAAUUUUACAAUAAUUCUAUAUAUAUAUAUAUAUAUAUAUAUAUAUUUUUUUUGCUCCUGAACUUCUUCUACUCUCAACCUCUCCGAUCAUUUUCAUGAUGUCCAUCCGGUUUGCUUCUAAAUGCCAUAUCUUUCUAACUGUGCUCUUUCCCAAAAGCUCCCAACAUACAACCUAUAUACUUAUUAUGGACACAGUAUGCUUACAUUAUUAGCUAUCUUUGUUAUUAUUUGUUGUUAUUUGUUAUUAGUCCCAUCCUUCAACUCUAUUCAAUACCUCCCAUCUAUCUCUUAACACCAUCCAUAUAGGAUUUCUAUUUGCCAUAUAUAUUUCAACCGUACUGUGAUGUUUUACAAAAGUUCUGAACCUUUCUAUUCUCAUUGCUUCUACAGAUUGUGAUUUGCUAAAAGUAUUAUUAUAUUAUUGAUUGAUUGACUAUGACUUUUCAGAUCACCCAGUAAUGCUAUCUGCAAGGUUAGUUCCAGGUAAAUAUUGCAAUCCUUUAGCCAUUCCUGGACCUGUGUCCAAAAACAAGCUACAAAUGGACAGAACCAAAACAAAUGAUCUAAUGAUUCUGUCUCUUCACAGCAAAAUCUGUGAAUUUUAUAUAAUAAUUUAAAUUGAAAGAUUCUAAUUUUUGAAUCCGGUGUCGUUUUGCGUGUCAGUUCAUAAACACUAUGCCAUGGGAUCGGUACGUCAAAGAUCUCUUCCCAACUAUUUUGCAAUCUAUAUGGGACGGCUGUCAAUCCUUUGGUCCUUAAGUGAAACUGAUAUACUUUUUUAUUUAUCACAGUUUUCCUUAACCAAUUAUGUUCUUUAAUGCAAGACCGACAGACAAGUUCCUUACUUUCUCCCCCUUCAACUUUCCUCUUCCACUUUUGCGGUAAGGCUGCAAUUAUUUGGUUGUAAUUUUGGGUAGAGCAUGAACCAGACUUGUGGAGGUCUACAAUUGUUUUUCUGAGGUCUUGGCUCAUUUCUUUUGAUUUUCCCAUGAUGUCAAGCAAAGAGGCACUGAGUUUGAAGGUAGGCCUUGAAAUACAUCCACAGGUACACCUCCAAUUGACUCAAAUGAUGUCAAUUAGCCUAUCAGAAGCUUCUAAAGCCAUGACAUCAUUUUCUGGAAUUUUCCAAGCUGUUUAAAGGCACAGUCAACUUAGUGUAUGUAAACUUCUGACCCACUGGAAUUGUGAUACAGUGAAUUAUAAGUGAAAUAAUCUGUCUGUAAACAAUUUUUGGAAAAAUGACUUGUGUCAUGCACAAAGUAGAUGUCCUAACCGACUUGCCGAACCUACAGUUUGUUAACAAGAAAUUUGUGGAGUGGUUGAAAAACGGGUUUUAAUGACUCCAACCUAAGUGCAUGUAAACUUCCGACUUCAACUGUAUAUGCCUUGACAAAGGAAAAUAUUCCUUCCUGUGAACUUGGUGCCGCUACAUCACAUGGACCUUUGACUGUAGUUACAGUAUUUAUUACAGAAUGACAAUUCAGUGAAGAUAAGAUUAUUUGACCUUGGAUAUCACUAUGAAGACAGACACACAACCACCAGUCAUCCUAGUAGCCAGUCACAUAACUUUGUGACAUUCAGAAUGUUUUUCAACCUGUAAUUAAACUAAAGAGAAAUAUAACACCAUGGAAUCUUUUUUAAAAAAUGUGUUACACUGAAAUUAUGUUACACCCAAUAGAUUAGUAGCCUACCCUAUCUUACCAUUUAGCCAGAGGGAGACCUUGUUGCACAUUGGUUGGAAUGUAGUUUUUUCUUUGUUCAAUUUAAAUAAAACAUGUACUAUUUAAAUAGCUAUACUACUGUAGACAGAGGACAAAUGUUCCCUCUAUUUUUUUUCGGCACUGAGCAAAUUUAAGGUCUGCUGAGCACAAAAUUCUGUGCAACUUCUGGCACGCGUUUACUGUGAACACUGAGGCUGUACCCGCUUUAAGUUACAGUUAUAACAUUGGCCAUGUAGGGUACUGUGGCUAUUUGAUCAUAAUGUAGGCCUACCAGAGUGGCCUACCAUCAAAAACAAUGGAGAAAAAUGCAUCCUAUAACAUUUUAACAUGGAAAUAGCUGUUCCAUCAGUAAGCCUACAGUAGCAGCCAAUGUGUGGUGUUCAAUGUAGGCCUACAUUCCAUGAGACUUUUGAAAACAACAUUAUUUUAGGAGUUUGUUAUAAGGCUAUCUUGUUUGUGUAGUCUGACAAACAAAACUAAAGGUCAAAGUUAACUUAUUGAGUUUACUUCGAGAACAUGUGUGUGUGUUUGUGCAGGUCCAGGUGGAGCUCCAGUUGGCUUCCAUCCUGGUGUCCCACCUCCCUCUCUCAGCUGAAGGAUGCAGAAGACAAAAUGCUCAAGUGUAAGAGUGUGUGUGUGCAUCCCCUCCUAACUAUCAUACUUGCACAUCUCAUCUUCUCUCUUAUCACGCUCUCCCUCCCUGUUCCCUCUGUCCCUCUCUCUUCUCUCAGCUGUGAAGACCCCAUUCUCCAGGCAGCAUGUCCAGAUAUACAACAGCAACUAUCUCUGGAACUUAGCCUUCACCUCUCACAUUAAGACACAUCCCUCUAUCCCACCCCAGCCUCAGCCCCAGCCUCAGUCUCAUCACUCUCUCCCACCCCAGCCUCAGCCCCAUCCCUCUCUCCCACCCCAGCCUCAGCCCCAUCCCUCUCUCCCACCCCAGCCUCAGCCCCAUACCUCUCUACAACCCCAGCCCCAUCCCUCUUCUCCCCAGCCCUCUCUUCAGCCCCAGCUCCAUCCUCCCCUGGUGCUGCUCCAUGGGUUUAGGGGUGGUGUGGGCCUGGAGGAGAUAGUCCUGCUGGGACAGAACCUGAGAGGAUAUCUGGCUGCUGCUUAUACACUCACACACCCACACAGGUGAGAGAGAGGAGAGUGAGGAGAGGUAGUGUGUGUGUGUGUGUGUGUGUUUACAGGGUAAAGCACUUGAUCCUGAUUUUAAACAGAAGUACUCUUCAGUGUUCGAUGACAACACUGUAUCAGACUACAUCUACCAUCUUAACGCACAGACACCCAGGUAGGUACACACACACAUACACAUACACACACAAACGCGUGUGCACACACACACACUAACACCCAUUCUCUGUCCAUAGUGGUGAAACAGCGUUUAGGAACAUGACAGUACCAUAUGGUUGGGCUAAGAGAUCGAUGUUAGAUCGUAUUGGUCAGAUCCGACCAGACAUUCCCAUAUCCAUCAUCUACGGGUCCCGAUCCAGUAUCGACAGUGACUCGGGAUACACUGUCUGGAAAAUGCACACAUUCCACUCAACAUUCACUGAGCCCCUCUACCCAGGGUUUGGCCUUUGGGUUGGCUCCUCAUUGUCCCUGUGCCAGAUAAAAUAGACCUCUGGGUCCUGGAGGAACACACACACAAUACAGAUAAACACAGAUGCUCACAUUUUAGUCAUGAAUAAAACAUAUGUAAACAGACUGAAGUUGACAGACACUGUAAACUAAAUUUACUUAAUCAAUAGAGAGUUUAUCAUCACACUGUGCUGUGAAACCAGGAAUAUUUUUUUGUUUUUUCUUGGUGUUUGUGAAUAGUAAUAUAUAUAUAUUAUGUUUAUCUGUCAGAUUGUUGACACAAUAAUCCUGCUUCAUUUUAAACUGUUGCAAUAACAGUACUAUGACUUGAAUUUAAACUAGGUCACAUAUUUACUAAAUCAAGAGCAAUAAAAGGUGUUUUUAAAACAGAUACAAAAUUGUUGUUUUAGCCUACUCUUAUUUCUAAGAAGAAAAUGUAAAGUCCAUAGUAAAGUGCGGUAAUGAGAGGUUUAUCUCACUGUUCUACCUUCCACUGACUCUCUCCUUCAUUUCACAACUAAGGCUGACCUACAGUAGCCCAAUAUCGGACUAAAGGAGCCUAACGCUACUCCUUAGUCCAAGGACCUUUGGCUGUUUUGUCUCUGGAAGCCAAAACAGCCAAAUACUCCAUCUAAACGUGAAUCGAUUCUCAAUUGCGGUAUGGUUCUAGAAACAUAAAUCCCUCUACUUUCAUAUCACAUAAAAAUAAUUUCACAAAAGCAAAAUACAUACUUACUGUACACUGUUUUAACUGGUUUUCACACAGUUGCAGCCGACAGUAUCUCUCAGUGACAACAUGUUUGUGGUGUCUGUCUUCAUUUACACACAGGUGUUUGGAGAUGCAGAUAGCUAAUUAGCACAGGUAGUCCACUCGGAAGGUGUUCCAUCUGUUUUCCGUAAACAAGCGCUGUAACAUGGAAAUAUGGCUGUGUGGAAACCUUAACCCUAUAAAAGGUGUGUAUCAAUUUCACCUUUUUUUUGUAAAUUAUUUCACGCUAAUACGACAGAUAGUCUGUAUGCUUCCAAAACUAUACCGCAAGCGAUGCGUGUUAAUGUUCAGGCCGAGCGUUGCGGCUUUUAACAAAAGUCCCCCCUACAGAAGACGCCUUCCUCCAAUGACUUUUAUGUGUAAUGUAAUGGAACUGAGAGUCAUGAUCAAGGGCUAAGGCUGACCCAGAGUCCACAUUAGGGUACUAGGGGGUAACUAAAGUAGUAAUAUGUUGGAUGAGUAUGUUGGGGGCAACUCGCCCCCCCCAGUUGACUAUCCCAGUUAGCGCUAGUUUAUGCUAACUUGUUAGCUAGCAACUUCACUAGCAGUAAAUGCUAGCCAGCUAGCUAGUUAGCAUAAGCUGCUAGGAGUGCUAGUUAGCAACCUUACUACCAGAUUGUCUGAGGUAAAAUACAUAAAAAAGAUAAGAUAGCUAGCUAUGUUUUUAAGAGAGAGCUUUCAAUUGGCAUCUCUCCCCUUUUUUGUUGUCACAGGUGGAGAGUGGAUUAGGUGUGAGCAGUGCAGGAGGUGGGCUCAUGAGUUGUGCUCUAAUCUGUCUCCGGCAGCCUCUGGAACAGCCAUUCUGCGGCCAACAAGGCAGAGUUCAUUUCAGCCUAUGCUACCCUCCAGUCUCUCGACUUCUUGGCACUGACGGAAACAUGGAUUACCACAGAAAACACUGCUACUCCUACUGCUCUUUCCUCGUCUGAUCAUGUGUACUUUCCUGAGGAUGGCUCACCCCUACAACUUAUACAGAACGCUGCAGCCUGUCUGGUGUUCAACCUUCCCAAGUUCUCUCAUGUCACCCCGCUCCUCCGCACACUCCACUGGCUUCCAGUUGAAGCUCCCAUCUACUACAAAGCCAUGGUGCUUGUCUACGGAGCUGUGAGGGGAACGGCACCUCCUUACCUUCAGGCUCUGAUCAGACCCUACACCCAAACGAGGGCACUACGUUCAUCCACCUCUGGCCUGCUAGCCCCCUACCUCUACGGAAGCACAGUUCCCGCUCAGCUCAGUCAAAGCUAUUCGCUGCUCUGGCACCCCAAUGGUGGAACAAGCUCCCCCACGACGCCAGGACAGCGGAGUCACUGACCACCUUCCGGAGACACUUGAAACCCUACCUCUUUAAGGAAUACCUGGAAUAGUCUAACAGUAAUCCUUCUACACCCCCCUCCCCCAGUGGUGGUUGUCCCACUGGCUAUGCUAAGUUGAAUGCACCAAUUUGUAAGUCGCUCUGGAUAAGAGCGUCUGCUAAAUUACUUAAAUCUAAAUGUAAAUGGAUAGCUUUAUUUGUGACCUAUGUACAAAAUUAGAAUUGUGCAAUGGCAGAGCAUAAGAGAGUUGCCACAUCAAUGUUACACUGAGUUAAUUAGUUAAGUUAUUGUUAUUAAAUGUUAUAUUCCAAUGUUCUUUAAUGUUAUUAGUUCAAAUCAAAUACGAUUUUAUUUGUCCCAUGCGCCGAAUACAACCUGUGAAAUGCUUACUUACAAGCCCUUAACCAACAAUUAAGUUUUAAGAAAAUAGAGUUAAGAAAAUAUUUACUAAAUCAACUAAAGUUAAGUUUUUCUUUUUUUUAAAGUUACAAUAAAAUAACAAUAAUGAGGCUACAUACAGGGGGUACCGGUACCGAGUCAAUGUGCGGGGGUACAGGUUAGUCGAGGUAAUUUGUACAUUUAGGUAGGGGUAAAGUGACUAUGCAUAGAUAAUAAACGGUGAAUAGCAGCAGUGUAAAAACUGGGGCGUGUCAAUCCAAAUAGUCUGGGUGGCCAUUUGAUUAAUUGUUCAGCAGUCUUAUGGCUUGGGGGUAGAAGCUGUUAAGGAGCCUUUUGGACCUAGACUUGGUGCUCCGGUACCGCUUGCCGUGCUGUAGCAGAGAGAACAGUCUAUGACUUGGGUGACUGGAGUGUUUGAAUUUUUUUGGGCCUUCCUCUGACACCGUCUAGUAUAUAGGUCCUGGAUGGCAGGAAGUUUGGCCCCAGUGAUGUACUGGGCCGUACGCACUACCCUCUGUAGCGCCUUACGGUCGGAUGCUGAGCAGUUGCCAUACCAGGCGGUGAUGCAACCGGUCAGGAUGCUCUUGAUGGUGCAGCUGUAUAACUUUUUCAGGAUCUGAGGACCCAUGCCAAAUCUUUUCAGUCUCCUGAGGGGGAAAAUGUGUUGUCGUGCCCUCUUCACAACUUUCUUGGUGUGUUUGGACCAAGAUAGUUUGUUGGUGAUGUGGACAAAAGGAACUUGAAACUCUCAACCCGCUCCACUACAGCCCCGUCGAUGUGAAUGGGGGUGUGUUCGGCCCUCCUUUUCCUGUAGUCCACGAUCAUCUCAUUUGUCUUGCUCAUGUUGAGGGAGAGGUUGUUGUCCUGGCACCACACUGCCAGGUAUCUGACCUCCUCCCUAUAGGCUGUCUCAUCGUUGUCGGUGAUCAGGCCUACCACUGUUGUGUCGUCAGCAAACUUAAUGAUGGUGUUAGAGUCGUGCUUGGCCAUGCAGUCGUGGGUGAACAGGGAGUACAGGAGGGGACUAAGCACGAACCCCUGAGGGACCCCAGUGUUGAGGAUCAGCGUGGCAGAUGUGUUGUUGCCUACCGUUACCACCUGGGGGCGGCCCGUCAAGAAGACCAGGAUCCAGGUGCAGAGGGAGGUGUUUAGUCCCAGGGUCCUUAGCUUAGUGAUGAGCUUUGAGGGCACUAUGUUGUUGAACGCUGAGCUGUAGUCAAUGAACAGCAUUCUCACAUAGGUGUUCCUUUUGUCCAGGUCGGAAAGGGCAGUGUGGAGUGCAUUUGAGAUUGCGUCAUCUGUGGAUCUGUUGGGGCUGUAUGCAAAUUGCAGUGGGUCUAGGGUUUCCGGGAUGAUGGUGUUGAUGUUUAUUAUUAUUAUUAUUAUUAUUAUUGAUGUGAGCCAUGACCAACCUUUCAAAGCACUUCAUGGCUACCUACGUUAGUGCUACAGGGCGGUAGUCAUUUAGGCAGGUUACCUUCGCUUUCUUGGGCACAGGGACUAUGGUGGUCUGCUUGAAACAUGAUGUAGGUAUUACAGACUCGGUCAGGGAGAGGUUGAAAAUGUCAGUGAAUGCACUUGCCAGUUGGUCCACGCAUGCUCUGAGUACACAUCCUGGUAAUUCGUCUGGCCCCGCGACCUUGUGAAUGUUGACCUGUUUAAAGGUCUUGCUCACAGUCGCCCAAAACAGCUGGUGCUUUCAUGCAUGCUUCAGUGUUGCUUGCCUCGAAGCAAGCAUAAAAGGCAUUUAGCCCGUCUGGUAGGCUCGCGUCACUGGGCAGCUUGCGGCUGGUUUUCCCUUUGUAGUCUGUAAUAGUUUGCAAAACCUGCCACAUCCGACGAGCGUCAGAGCCGGUGUAGUAGGAUUCAAUCUUAGUCCUGUAUUGACGCUUUGCCUGUUUGAUGGUUUGUCUGAGGGCAUAGCGGGAUCCGGAUUAGUGUCCCGCUCCUUGAAAGCGGCAGCUCUAGCCUUUAGCUUGGUGUGGAUGUUGCCUGUAAUCGAUGGCUUCUGGAUGGGAAAUGUACGUACGGUCACUGUGGAGACAACGUUGUCGAUGCACUUAUUGAUGAAGUCGGUGACUGAGGUGGUAUACUCCUCAAUGCCACUGGAUGAAUCCCGGAACAUAUUCCAGUCUGUGCUAGCAAAACAGUCCUGUAGCGUAGCAUCCGCAUCAUCUGACCACUUCCGUAUUGAGCAAGUCACUGGUACUUCCUGCUUUAGUUUUUGCUUGUAAGCAGGAAUCAGGAGGAUAUAAUUAUGGUCAGAUUUGCCAAAUGGAGGGCGAGGGAGAGCUUUGUACACGUGUCUGUGUGUGGAGUAAAGGUGGUCUAGAGUUUUUUUCCCUGCAGAUGUGACAUGCUGGUAGAAAUUAGGUAAAACGGAUUUAAGUUUGCCUGCAUUAAAGUCCCCGGCCACUAGGAGCACCACUUCUGGAUGAGCAUUUUCUUGUUUGCUUAUGGCCUUAUACAACUCGUUGAGUGCGGUCUUAGUGCCAGCGUCGGUUUGUGGUGGUAAAUAGACGGCCACAAAAAAAUAUAGAUGAAAACUCUCUUGGUAGAUAGUGUGGUCUACAGCUUAUCGUGAGGUACUCUACCUCAGGCGAGCAAUACCUUGAGACUACCUUAAUAUUAGACAUCACGUACCAGCUGUUAUUGUCAAAUAGACACACACCCCCACCCCUCGUCUUACGGGAUGUAGCUGUUCUGUCCUGCCGAUGCACGGAAAACCCAGCCAACUGUAUAUUAUCCGUGUCGUCGUUCAGCCACGACUCGUGAAACACAAGAUAUUACAGUUUUGAAUGUCCCGUUGGUAGGAUAGUCUCCAAAGGAGCUCAUCCAGUUUAUUCUCCAUUGAUUGCACGUUGGCCAAUAGAACGGAUGGUAGAGGCGGGUUACCCACUCGCAGACAAAUUCUCACAAGGCACCCUGAUCUCCGCCCCCUGUAUCUCCUUCUUUUCUUCAUGCGAAUGACGGGGAUUUGGCCCUUGUCCGGGAGCAACAUUAUAUCCUUCACGUCAGACUCAUUAAAUAAAAAAUAUUUGUCUUUGGUGAGUAAUCGCUGUUCUGAUAUCCAGAAGCUCUUUUCAGUCAUAAGAGACGGUAGCGUCAACAUUACGUACAAAAUAAGUUCCAAACAAUGCGAAAAAAACACACAAAAUAGCACAAUUGGUUAGGAGCCAUUAUAUUCCAUUCCAAUAUUAUGUUCCAAUUAAUAUAUUUCUUAAUGAAUUAAAAACAACUAUUAAAACCUUUUGCUCCUGUAUGUCAUUUUAAAGUGCUGGGAUUUAAAAUCUUACAUUAUUCAAAUAAUAUUUACUGCAAUUGUACAUAAUGGAUUGUAUGGGAAAGGAACAACAAAGAACAAAGAAAAUGUAUGUGCAGGUGAGUUAAAAAUAGGGACUCUCCUCAUAGUGAGGAUAUUAAGGGUGACAUGUGAACCCCCCCCCCCCAUAUUUUAUUUAAAUAAUUAAAAUAAGACAACUACACUUAGCUUUUAAGUAUUACUUACUAAAUCAUUUCCUAAUAAACUGAUUAAAUGAACUUUAACACACUUGUGUAAAACCCUAUGCCUUAAACUUCUAAUUGCCCCUAUUCUAAAAACAACAUUUCAUUCAAUAACUACAAAAGUGUAAACUGUAGCCAUUCAUUUCCCUUUAUAGUUUAUUCGCCUAAGCAUGACCUUCAUCCACAUAACAUUUUUUUCUCCAGAAGUUGCGUUUUUGUGUCAGCAAUUAGUUACCCCCUAGUACCCUACUACUGAAAAAUAAAGUCAAUGCUUCCUGCUUCCCUCCCUUGUUCGCAUACACUGGCAAGAGAUAUGUAUUUUAUAGUGGAUUAGAAUGUAUAUGAUCUGAAAACAGUCUCAAAUGGGACUCUCACCUAUUUGUUAAAACAAAGCAAACACCCAUGGAAACGAGUAUCCGCUCGAUUUCCCUUGUUCGCGUGGCGCGCAGUGUUGGCAAGUUUCUCCGAAAAAUCAAACUUCUGUGAAAUCCUACUUCAGGGAAGGCUACCCGGUGCUGUAGCUGGAAUCAACUGCAUGAUCUAUAUAUCUAUAGGCAACGUGCUGCAAUUCAGCCAAUAACAUAGCGAGUUACAAAUUCGGUGAUAUGACAGAAAACAGCGUCGAGUCGAAUUAUAUUUCAAUUCCUUCUCUAACAUAUCUAUUAGCUACUAUUGCGCCUAAAGGUGUGUGUGUGUGUGAGGCAGUCUCUCUCUCUCUCUUGCCAAUCACCACUCCUAUCUUGUUUCUCUGCGUGGAUUACAGAUAAUCAUCACAGUUCACUAUGAGGAGGAUGUCGAAGGAGCUGCAACCAGCCGAGCAAGGGUGAGUAGGCCUAGGUUUGAAUAUGAUACUUUUAACCAAAUUAUUAUGGUGCGCUAUUCUAAAGAGUUCCAAAUCCAUAAUUUACAGAAUACGCUUUAAGGAAUGAUAGGCUAGCCAACUUCGUUGCGCAGUAUGUCUACAAAGUAAACAUGUUGUAAACGAUAUUUUAAAAUGCCUAAUUACUUGAUGAAGUACUAUAAUUAAAACACCUAUUGCGCCUCUUCCAUUAAACCCUUUAGUUCACUGAAAUAUUUUAGAUGAUGUAUGUUUUUUUGUUUUUUAUUAAAUGAUAUGCCUUGACAAAGGAAAAUAUUCAUUCCUGUGAACUUGGUGCCGCUACAUCACAUGGACCUUUGACUGUAGUUACAGUAUUUAUUACAGAAUGACAAUUCAGUGAAGAUAAGAUUAUUUGACCUUGGAUAUCACUAUGAAGACAGACACACAACCACCAGUCAUCCUAGUAGCCAGCCACAUAACUUUGUGACAUUCAGAAUGUUUUUCAAACCUGUAACUAAACUUAAGAGAGAUAUCAUGGAAGUUGUUUUUAUUACACUGAAAUUAUUACCCAAUAGAUUAGUAUCUUACUAUUUAGCCAGAGGGAGACCUUGGUGCACAUUGGUUUGAAUGUCGUUUUUUCUUUGUUUAAUUUAAAUAAAACAUGUACUAUUUAAAUAACUAGACUACUGUAGACAGCGGACAUUAUUGUAGAAGUUUUCUAUAAUGCUGUCUUGUUUUGGAAGUCUGACUCAGUGAUAGCUGGUCAGAGCUAGUUAGAGGUCAAAGUUCACUUAUUGAGUUUUCUUGGAGAAUAUCAGCGUGAUCAUUACGUGUGUGUGUGUGUGCAGGUCUGGGUGGAUCUCCAGUUGGCUUCCAUCCUGGUGUCCCACCUCCCUCUCUCAGCUGAAGGAUGCAGAAGAUAAAAUGCUAAAGUGUAAGAGUGUGUGUGUGUAUCCCCUCCUAACUAUCAUACUUGCACAUCUCAUCUUCUCUCUUAUCACACUCUCCCUCCCUCCCUGUUCCCUCUCUUUCUCCUCCAUCCCUCUCUCUUCUCUCAGCUGUGAAGACCCCAUUCUCCAGGCAGCAUGUCCGGAUAUCCAAAGGCAACUAUCUCUGGACCUUAGCCUUCACCUCUCACAUCAAGCCCCAUCCCUCUCUCCCACCCCAGCCUCUGCCCAAGCCCCAUCCCUCUCUCCCACCCCAGCCUCAGCCUCAGCCCAAGCCCCAUCCCUCUCUAUCACCCCAGCCCCAUCCCUCUUCUCCCCAGCCCUCUCUCCAGCCCCAGCUCCAUCCUCCCCUGGUGCUGCUCCAUGGGUUUGGGGGUGGUGUGGGUCUGUGGGCCCAGAACCUGGACUCUCUGUGUGGCAGUGGAGCCGUGUAUGCCCUGGAUCUGCUGGGUUUCGGACAGAGCAGCCGGCCCCUAUUCAGCGUGGACCCCCAGGGGGCAGAGGAGCAGUUCCUAGGGGCCUUGGAUGAGUGGAGAGACAGGAUGGGCCUGGAGGAGAUAGUCCUAAUGGGACACAACCUGGGAGGAUAUCUGGCUGCUGCUUAUACACUCAUACACCCACACAGGUGAGAGAGAGGAGAGCGAGGAGAGGUAGUGUGUGUGUGUGUUCAUACACAUGUUCACACUGUGUGUGUUUACAGGGUAAAGCAGUUGAUCCUGGUGGAGCCCUGGGGGUUCCCGGCCCGUCCAGAGAGCCUAGAUCAGGAGAAGUCAAUCCCAGUGUGGAUCAGAGCCAUGGGGGCUGUCAUGAGUCCCUUCAACCCCCUGGCUGGACUUAGACUGGCCGGACCACUGGGUACGAUAUACACACACACACACACACACACACACACACCGCAAGCACGUAUACUACACACACAUCGCAUACACUACAUGCAUGCGCACAAACACCCACACAAACCCAAGUUGAAAGAAUUACCAGAUGUUGCAAAACCAAAGGUGUUAAUAUAAUAUAUUCCUCCCCACAUUCCUCCCCCCAUCCUCUCUCCCAAUCCAUUCCUUCCUCCUUCUCCUCUUCUUCUCUCUCUCAGGUCCUAUGUUGAUCCAGACCAUCAGGUCAGAUUUUAAACAGAAGUACUCUUCAGUGUUCGAUGACAACACUGUAUCAGACUACAUCUACCAUCUUAACGCACAGACACCCAGGUAGGUACACACACACAUACACACACACACAAAUGUACGCGCACACACACACACUAACACCCAUUCUCUGUCCAUAAGUUGAAGACGCGUUUAGGAACAUGACAGUACCAUAUGGGUGGGCUAAGAGACCGAUGUUAGAUCGUAUUGGUCAGAUCCGACCAGACAUUCCCAUAUCCAUCAUCUACGGUCCCGAUCCCAGUUAUCGCCAAGCGACUCGGGAUACACUGUCCGGAAAAUCAGACCAGAUGUGGACAUCAUCGUGAGUUAAUGAUUCAUGUACCAAGUUUUCUGAAUGCGUUAUGAAAUAGACUGGUCAUUCACACACAGCAAUGUACGGUUGUUGUUUUUGAAUGUGAAGUGUUUCUCUUUUUCUGUCUUUCUAUCCCUCACUUCAAUCUCUCUCCUCUCUCUCUCUCUCUCUCUCUUCGCUCUCUCUCUCUCUCCUCUCUCUCUCUCUCCUCUCUCCUCUCUCUCUCCUCUCUCUCUCGUCUCUCUCUCUCUCUGUGUCUCUCUCUCUCUCUCUUUCUCUCUAGGUGAUAAGGGGAGGAGGUCACUAUGUGUUUGCUGACCAGCCAGACGACUUCAAUCAGAACGUUCUUCACAUCCUAGCCAGGAUGGAGGGAGAGAAGGAGAAGAGGAGUGGUGUGGAUGAGAAGGAAGGGAAAUGAGGAGAAGAUUGAGGGUUGAGUAAAGAGUGGCAGAUGAGAUGGGGAGAAGAGACAGUAAAGGAGGGGGGAGAAGGAGAGAGACGUGGAGGAGUUGUGACAAGAAUCACUUAUUGGCUCUGAGGAGAAGGAGGACCAUUGUUACGUUCAGACUUUGAACACACACUUUCCUCACUGAGGACAUACUAGGGCUAGGCUGAUAUGGGAUGGUUAGAUAAUCAUAUUGGUCUAGGUUGAUAUGGGAUGGCUAGAUAAUGAUCUAUGCUGACAUAAUCUGCCACUGGCCCAUGUUGACUCCAAUGCUUCCCACAGUUGUGUCAAGUUGGCUGGAUGUCCUUUGGGUGGUGGACCAUUCUUGAUACACACAGGAAACUGUUGAGCAUGAAAAACCCAGCAGCGUUGCAGUUCUUGACACAAACUGGUGCACCUGGCACCUACUACCAUACCCCGUUGAAAGGCACUUAAAUAUUUGUUCUUGCCCAUUCACCCUCUGAAUGGCACACAUACACAAUCCAUGUCUCAAUUGUCUCAAGGCUGAAAAAUCCUUCUUUAACCUGUCUCCUCUCCUUCAUCUACACUGAUUGAAGUGGAUUUAACAAGUGACAUCAAUAAGGGAUCAUAGCUUUCACCUGGAUUCACCUGGUCAGUCUAUGUUGUGGAAAGAGCAUGUGUUCAUAAUGUUAUGUACACUCAGUGUGUAGGCUGAUAUAUGAUACAUAUUACCUGUACUACAUCCACCUCUCAUCAGUAUGCCCCUGUACAGCCAGUGAAGGCACUGUUGUGUAUAUCAUCUUUGUAAAGAAAUGUCAAAUAUUGUUUAUUUUCUUAAAUAUAGAAUAAUGAACAUGAGUGUUCAAAGCUGCUACCAGUAUGCUAA